AAAGGAGUCGGUUCUGGGGCUGUGGCAUGUCAUAACAUUUUGAUUGUCGGAGCCUGUCCGGUACGGGCCGAUGCCAGACCGUCUCGGAAACAUUUACGGUUGCGGACGGCUGGGCUUCACAUUUCCACGCAGAGUAAUGCAGACCUUUAGUUGCUUAGAGGGGAGACUUCGCUUCGCAGGGAUCUGAAAAUCGCUCCCUCAGUUUAGAACACCUUGCUCCGCGCGAACCGACGCUCUCCCCUCGUGUCACGCAGAAGAAGUGGCAAUAAUAACGAGGAACGUACGCAAAACUCGGCGACGCGAUUAGUUUGGAAACACUCCGUACGGGGGAACGUGCGGAGACAGUCAAAGUACGAUGCUUCUUCGUGAAGGAGAUAUCAUCGCCCCUAAACGUGCGCGUGACAUUUCUCUCCCCGUGCAUUUUGGUCUCGAGCUGUAAUUCGGAAAAGACGUCAUAGCUCGGCUCGCGCUAGCGAAAAGCAAACGGUCACUUUAGUUUGACACGGUUGAGCUGUGAACGUUGUCGGCCGGUACGACGCAUCCGCGCAAACGUGUCGGUUAGUUUUGGCUACGUUAUGUGUGUCAACCACGUAGCCUUGCAUGUUACUUAUUCAUUUUCGGCUAAUCCACGCUAAGGGGGCACACAUUGUGUUGUUUAUUUCUUUAAACAUCGUGUUGUGUGACGAUAUUUGUCAUCUACUCCCGUUUAUGCAGACGGGGCGUUUCGUAUCACCUGAGAGACUCUUGUAUUGUGUGAUACGGUUUUUUUAGUAGCUCCAGCCAUAACGAGCGAGUCGGAGUUUGAGGCGUAACGCAUUUUUGCGAGAAAUAUUUCAAUAAGUAUCUUAUCUCAGUAAAUAUUGGCUGGUCAUCGACAGCUUAUGUUGGCAAUCCUGCUUCAUCUACGAUAGAUGUGUCUCCUUUGUGAGCUCCGGGCUGCGGAGUUUCGGCAGACUGACCGGGAGACCGAGAAUGUGCGGAGAUGUGAGGAGAGACGAUGCUCAUUUCUACCUGUCCGUGCAACAUUGCGCUGAUAUCCUGUGUUAAUUGAGAAAAAAUACGUCUCACGUUAUCAGUCUUGCGCUUUUAAUAAAUAUUUAAGAUUUUCUAAAAGUAAAACAUCUGCUUUAUGUUUAGCAUCGGAAGCGGGGUGUAAGCAUACCUCAUAAACUUUCUCAUCGUCAGACUUCUAAGGCCUACGAGACCUAGGUAGGUUAAUUCUGAGAUCUUAAAGACUUGAACAUGAGACGGAGUCAUCAGAUGUAUCUUAUAUCUAAGUCAGUUUUUCAUUCCUAUUGUUUAAGAUACAGCUGUCAACCUAUUGACAACGUGAUUCUGCCGCGCUCACCCGGAUUCUGAUGCUAAUAGAAAUAAUAAGCACUACACAGAACACAGAAGUCAAUCCCAUGAAAAAUCACUUGUCCACACACACUGAGUAAUGUGUUGAGAAAACGCCUAUGCAGGUGGAUCCCUCACCAAUGAAUGUAGGGGAUGGAGGGACGGUGAGCCGAGAAAGCAGUGCUCCUACCCAUGUGUCUGAGAGCAUGGUGGGGAAUCCACAACAGACUCUGCCUCUUGAACUCAGAGGUGAUGUACCUCAAAGUCAGCAGAACAAGCUGAGGACGACCACAGACUGCAAAACGCCCGGCGUCUGCUCAGAAGGCAGCAAGGCUAGCAACUCAAAUCAUUGUCCCCAAGUCCCUCCCUCCCAACCCCACAGCAUUGCUCCUGUGAGCGCCCUGUUGCCUGAUAAGACAGAGGUUUCCAAAGGCAAGGUUGAUGGUGCUGACAUCUACUCCUCUCACCAGUGGCCUUGUGGUAAAAAGUUCAAUGCUGAGGACCCUGGAAACCCCAUUCGCAGCGUAAACCCAAAUAAGAAAACUAACACACCAGCACCCAGCCAACCUGUGUUACCAAUAGGGUUCCAGUGUUCCACGCUCUUCAAACCAGGCCAGCCAGUUGCUUUUCUUCCCUCCUCCAAUUUUUCUUCUCCACUUUGUAAGAUCACCCUACCUCCAGGGUUGGGUCAGAUUGCGGCACUGAGAGAAGCUACAGCUAGCCAGUUUCAAAAGGACUGCACAUCACAAAACCCUUGUUCAAGCUCGACACCUAUGCUCAAAACAUACCCAUUUCACUUCUCUGUGGGGAGAGGGCCUGGUGCUGAGAAGAAGCCUCAGCAGGCAUCAUCUAAAGUCAGGUGUGACUCUUUGUCCAGUACCAAGGGCUUUCAAGGUGGAGCUGAGCAUAAAGCCACAAUGUCUUCUGUAGCAGCCCCAGCUAUAGCCCUUCCAGUACAGCAGGCCACACAAGGCUCGGCUCCACCACCCAGAAACACAAUCUCUCCCACUGCUGCCAUCUGCUGCAGUCCGGCUCUGGCGAAUAUUACCACUCAAAGCAGGCUAGAAAAAGGUUCAUCAUACCGAGGUGCUGAGAAGACCUCAUUGGCGUAUUUGAAACCAAAAACUCUGUCCACUCCUGAGGAGCACAAUGUGUCAUGCCCUGUUGAGUCAAGAGACGUACCCCUUGAUCUCUCUGCCAAGUCCAAGCGACAAAAAAACAUUCAUGAUGUUCAAAACAACCCCAUUGUGGCCACAGAACAUCAUUCUGCUGAGUCUCAUCAAAAAAACACCACCCCUUCAAAAAAGAGUCAUUUGGCAUCAUUUAGCUCAGUCAGUACUUAUUGCCAGCGUCCAGACACCCAGAGAAAUGGCGCAAGUCAGAAAUCAUCUUCAAAACUGACAAACCACCAUGCUUUGCAACCGAGUCCACCCUGGACCAAGGUCUCAUCUCCUGGGUCUUUAAACAACCUCCCUGGUACGUAUGUAGGAGUGGCAAGUCCCAUUUUAGCAUCUACUUUACGUAGCAAAGAUGGAAAAAGUGCUGCUUUUGUUGAAGAUAUUCAGACAUUUGCUAAACAGGAAACUAUAUCUAUUAUAGACCAAGGAGAGCAGCCAGUUUGCAGAGAUAGAAAGGCACCGUUUCUUAAGUGUGCCCAACAUAAUAAAGGUGGCAAGUUCUCAACAGGUACCUGCUCACCUGGAGCACAAGGUCUGUUAUCCAACUCAUUGUCAGCCACAGCUAAUUCACAGCCCCAUCGGAAGACUGCUGGUGGAAAAGGAGGUACCCUGUUCACAUCUCCGGGUAAAUUGUGGCAACCAUCAUGUGUUCUUUCCCAAGGAACAUCAUUGCAGAAGAGGCCAAGUCAGACUCAUACACCAACGACUAAAAGCGCCCCUAGUUGUGACACAGGCUUGUUCCAUAACUCCCAGUUAACUCCAACUAAAGUAGAAGAUGAUAAGUGGGAGAAAGCCAAAUCCCCCCUAUCUAACCUAGAGUCAAUAGUAAAACAGAAAACACUUGAGACCACUGCACUUACUGGGGAGAACUACUGUAAAUUAUCUGCUGUGGGGUCCAAAAGGCUUGAAGUUGCCAGCCUGCAAAACCGGUGUCAAGACUCCACAUUGCAUCAAACUCUUACCACUGGCUCCCCAACAUUCAGGUCCCUAGAAGGACACGCCAUCAAAUCGGACAGAGGCUCACCACAAACAGAUGCCAUGGCACCUCUUAGUAGACCAGAGGUCAUAACUGUUCCCAUGCCCAGAGAAAAGGGACGAGAGAAACAAACGAAACUGACUGAGAAUCUGCCAUUUGAUGGUAGUCAAAAAACGAAAUCCAGUACCCCUUGUAAAAAGAAUGCAUUUAGUGUUAAAGGUGAAUGGAAGGAGAGGAAAUUGGCUCAAAAGUUAGAUGUUGUAAUGGCAAAGGAGAAGGCAAUGGAGAAAAAUCAUUCUUCUCACGUUAAGGAUGAGGGGAUGGCUUUAUCCAUCCUUCAGAGCCAAACUGUACAGGUCGAGGAAGAGACAAAAAUAAAUGGAGCCAAAGAGGAGAUAGCUUCCAAAGGAAAGGCAUUAGCCACCAAACAGAAGAAACCUAAAAAGCCAGCCAAGGAGAAGAUUCCUUCUGAAAUGCAAAAGAAGACUAAGAAGCAGAAAGAUAAAGAGAGUCCAUCCAUCAAGCAAGUCUCCUCACACAAAAAGAAGAAAGAUACAUUGACUGAAGUGGCGAAAAGUAUUCUGCAAGAUGGAACAGACCCAGUCUCCAAAAUGCCGGGAAAGACUCGCAAAAGGAAAAGCAGUCCAGCUAAUAUAGAGCACUCCAUCUUGAACAAAAUAGAUGUAAGAGAGAGUAGUCCAUGCAGAAGUCCUCAGGCCGAUAGAGACUCAAGCUCCCUCAGCAGUCCAGGCUGGCCUAGUAAAGAGUCGGACUCCCACGAGGAGGCCUCUCCGCGGCUGAGGCGAGGACGCAGACGAACUGAUGAAGCGCUGCUCAGAGACUGGAGCUUUGCUACUCCACCUACUCCUCCCCCUCAUGAUCCCCCCUCUACACCACCUCCUACCCCACCACCCCCUGUACCAAUCCGCCGGCCGCGUGGCAGGCCGCGGAUCAACCCUCUGCCUGAGGAGCUGGAUGGGGACAAGGACAGGCCCGGUGAGGAUGGAGACGCCUCUUCAAUAAAGAAAAGGAAGCGCUGCAAGAAUCGUAAAUAUCAGAAUGGGGAAUACGUAACGGAGAGGGAUAAGGUGGCAGAUGGAGAGGAGGAGAAGCUGGGCGUGGAAGAUGGUGAGGCUACAAAUGAGAAGAUGGGUGUGUACCCUUGUCUCAGUGCCACGCUGACCAGCGGAUUGCCCAGCCCAGAUAUCAGUCCCAAAAGAACGCUGUUCACUCGCUCCGGCUCGGUUCGACCUCAAGAAAGUCCUCCUGCCCCACUGCCCAAUGACAAACCCUCAGGGAAGAGGAAGUUUAAAAGUAAACACUUGUGUGAUCCUGAGGAGCAGAAAAAGCUCAAGACUAAAAAAAGCAGCUUGGGCAAACGCACAGGGACUCUCAUGUCAGAUGAGGGCUGUCCUACUGCCAAGAAACCCACUACUCCUUAUGUCUCUCCCAAGCAUUCAUCAUCACCACUGUCUGGUAAGAAAGGAACAACCGGGAAAGCAAGAAUCCCUGAAUCCACUCCAAGCCGUCCAGUGCCUCCAGAAGUCCGUCGACUUAUCGUGAAUAAAAAUGCAGGAGAGACGCUGUUACAGAGAGCUGCUAGAUUAGGUUACCAGGAUGUGGUUUUAUAUUGCUUGGAAAAAGACGUGCGAGAGGUGAACCGCCGUGACAACGCGGGUUACACAGCGCUGCAUGAGGCCUGUGCAAGGGGCUGGACGCACAUCGUAGAGGUGUUACUGAAGCAUGGCGCAGAUGUUAACUGCAGUGCACAGGAUGGAACGCGACCUAUUCAUGAUGCAGUAGCAGCUGAUAAUCUGCCGGCAGUUUGGAUGCUGUUAAAUCAUGGAGCGGAUCCCACCCUGGCAACCUACUCCGGUCAGACCGCAGUUAAACUAGCCCAAAGUCCUGGAAUGAAAACGUUCCUAAAAGAAUACUUCACUGAUUUAGAGGGACGGACUGACCAAGAUCCAAGUGUACAGUGGGAUUUCUACAGUAGCUCAGUGUUUGAGACAGAGCAAGGACCUUGCUGGGACUUUUUGUUGUCUCAGCCUGAGGAGGACUGUGGGGAGAACUCGAGGGAGCAUCUGAAGGAGAGAGAUGUCGAUCCAGACUGCCUUGUGUUUGAGUUCUCUUCUGAUCCGCUGCUACCCUGCUACCAUGUUCAAGUAUCACUGACGCAGGGUUUCUGUAACUGGUUCUUGCUAUCGGACGUGCUGAAGCGGUUAAAAAUGUCAUCUCGGAUAUUCCGUGCUCGGUACCCUCAGUUCGAGGUAACGGGCAUCACUCGGGCGGAUCUGUGGAAGCAGGUCUCCAUCAGUCAGACGUGUGCUGCUCCCGACGAGCUCCAACCAACCGAGGAUGACGACGGGGAGGAGGCGUUGGAGCUGGUACGAUGCGUGCCAGAGUUACAAGGACUGCUAGGUUCCUCCAUACAGCUGCUCAAAGAGGAUGAAGAUGAGAAGUCAUGGGUCAACAACAGACCCUGCAGUCGAUAGCGACUCCUGCCCUGCAUCCGUUUCCAGGCCUGCAACAGUCCCUCUGCUCUCCCUCCGGUGUUUGAAGAGGGAGCAACGAGGUGCCGUCCACAGUCGCGUGAAGGUUCAUGCCAUUACAGCUGAUGGCCUGUUACCAGUACCAGCAAUUUGUAUCUUCAGUGUCCACCAGAAAGGCAUGAUAGGCCACUUUCCCUCUCAGUAAUGAAAAGGUGCAACUUUGCAACGCUCUCACCUCAGGCUGAGGACGGACUCCACUGGGAAGCAACUUUCAGGUUACUUCUGUGGGUAUUUUUCACUAUUAAAUAUUUCCGUUUUUUUUUUACAAACCUAUAUGUAUAAGUAAAUAUAUAUGUAUAUCUUGACAUCAGGGUGAAUACGUAUGGUUGUAACUUAUCAUUAACUUGCUUUUAUGUUCGUUUGUUAUUGAUGGUGUGUGAGCCCUUUAGAAGGAGCGAUAAUCCAAGUCUUUUUUUAUCUUGGUAAAGUAAACGUGUGUAGCUAAGCGGCUUACGUCAAGCUAACAGCGGCAGGAAUGCCUUGGGCCCAGAUGGUUCCUGUGUAAACCUUCAAGAGUCUCUCUGCCCCACGAAGCCCCCUAACAUACAGCAUAUGUUCCUCACCCCGGUUCUCCAUACCUCAGCACCUGCCCUGCCUGCACUCUCCAUUACAUUUAAUUUGUAUCGUGAUCCUGCGACAAUGAUCGCUUAAUUUUUACAUCAAUUGGUUUUAUCCACUGAUGUAUUUAUUUUUAGGUAUCAGGCAGGUACCAGUCUUCUGAAAUGAUAUCAUCUAUAAAAAUACAAGACUGCGGAGUACUUUUGUGUUUGGAGAUUUUUAUUUUAUUUAGAUUUUUCAACAUAAAAAGGUCAUGGAAAAAGUCCUCUCUGAUCGUCCCUAAUUUUUUCCUCGUGUAGCAGAUUUCGGCGUGCGUUGUGGCGCGUGGCGUGUUUUAUUUACACUGAUCGUUGUUUGUGCUUAAUUUAAUAGUCAUUAAUAUAUUUGACCUUUUUUGUGUGUAUCGGACAAAUGAUAUAUGGAAAUUUCUUUGUAUGGUUGGUGCUUUAUUUGAAAUGUACAACUAAUGAUCCCUUUAUCCUGAGGUUGUUAUGUUUUCCCACACUGCAAAGUGAACAGUAUUUUAACAAGCUAAAGUACAGUUUUAUUGUACUGGUGCUAAGCUAGAUUUUGUGUUGACAAUCAAUGAUGUUUUGUUUGAACUGAAACCAAUAAAUGAUAUUUAAAAGCGACAGAGAUGUAAAGAUAGAGUUUAGUUUCACUACUUAUGGAAAUACAGCGAGACGUGAAGAAAGUACUUGGUUUUGAAGAAGGCAUAUUGCUUAUGUGAUCUCUGUUCAAAGAGGAAUCCUGUUUAUUUGAUUCUUUUUUUAAAGAAAUCAACCAGAAUAAAGCAUGAUUGUCAAGUC